ACGUGAUUUUAUAAUUAGCAACCAACAUCUCACACGACUAGCUAAUUCCUAAUCAGAGUCAGUCGCAGAUAUGAAUUUACCAUACCUCGUGUAUUGUCGCCGUCCUGUUGAAAACACAAUAACUGCCGUUUGCUCGAUUUUCAUACCGACGAUGCAACAGUGCAUAUUCUGUGUUCAGUAAUACAGCACACCUUACAGCCAUGUGGAAAGUUGUUGAGAAAUUCAAUAUAUCCACUGAUUGCUGCUAUCUGACUAGCCCGCAGGAAAAGCGGCAUUGGUGAAAAUUUCAAAAUGACGGUCUGCUUCCACGUAGCUUGUGUUUGGUUUGAAUGCCACGCUCGCUAUGAAUAAAAUCAGCAUAUAUUAAAUAAAUAUCCAGAGCAUGAAAACCGGGUAUCGUUCAUAGGGAAGUUGACACAAGCAAGCACUGAUAAUUAUUGUUUUCAAACAUGGACACCAGGUCCUCGAACUAUAAUCAGCAGGAACCAAUUAGAACUUUGCAUACAAAUGAAACUAUUUGCUGAAAGUGAAAAUUAGUCUGUGCAAUGCAUAACCCAUUUUGGCGCAAUCCGUACGUUUUGUGGAAGAAAAGUUCUUUAUUAGUUGUGCAAGCUGUUCCGAAAACAGUGCUUCCUGCUUAUGAGAAUGGACCACUAGAAGAUGAUUUUUUCCACACUGCAAUCGCACCAGUGUUACGAUUCGCCCAACUCUUCGGUGUGUUUCCGCUGAACAGUGUAAUGGAGCGAGUUCCAGAAAAGCUUUCCUUCGAAUCUACCACCCUAGUAUGCUUGAUCAGUGCGACGGCCAUUUUUGGCGGUUUUUCCGUAUCAGUACUGAGUAUUAAACGCCUGGGAAACGGCGGCAUAAACGUGAUCAACGUGGCGGAACCAUUUUUCUUCGGCAUAACCGCUACCAGUACCGCACUGUUUUGGCAACUCGCCAAGCGAUGGAAAGUGCUGGUUGAUGGUUGGUCCAGAACAGAGCAGAUCUUUCUGCGGGAGCCUUUCGAAAAAAUAUUGCUGCGACACAGGAUUAGAUUCGUAGCGAUCAUAGUAUUAUCGUUAGCCUUUGUAGAGCAUGCUCUUUCCGUAGGCAACAACAUAAGCAACAUUCGCAGAGAAGUAACAGUUUGCAAUUGGACUAUCACAAAUCCGGUCAAGCAUUUUUGUUUGAAAACAUUCAGCACAGCCUUCCAUACUGUGCCGUAUAACAUACCCGUCGCUAUUUACAAUGAGUACAUUGUCAUAUCAAUGACAUUCGCGUGGAACUUCAUUGACCUGUUCGUCGUUCUGGUCAGCAUCGGACUAUCGACCAGGUUCAACCAACUCAACCGAUACAUAUCGAAGCACAUCCGACAGCGGAAACCCACAUCGGAGCAGUUUUGGGAGAAAAUCCGAAUGCAUUACGUGUCCCUGUGUGAGCUUGUCGAAACCAUGAACAGAUCGAUCAGUCGACUGGUUUUUGUAUCGUACGCCAACGAUGUGUACUUCAUCUGUCUGCAGAUCAUGAAUGCUGCCCAUGAACAGCCGUUCUUGAUUAACAAAAUCUAUUUCGUCUACUCCUUCCUGUUCCUGAUACUAAGAGCAUUUCUUAUGUUCUGGUAUAGCACACAAGUGCAGCACGCAAGCCAUCUACCAUGUCGGUUAAUUCUGCAUGUUCCCAACGAGGAGUACUGCGAGGAACUGCAGCGUGUGGAAAUGUACUCCAAGCGUGGCGUCAGCCUGACCGGGAUGGGAGUGUUUCUCGUGUCGAGAAAGAUUCUGCUAACGAUCGCCGGAACGAUAAUGACCUAUGAGCUGGUUUUGCUCGCCUAUCGGAAACGCUCGGAUGAAGAGUCCAACAGCAACACCACCGUAUGUGAACCAUUGCAGCUAUUCAUCUUUUCGCUAGUGGUUAUCGUGGUAGGGCUAACAAUGUGCUACAUUGAGUAUGAACGGUUAGAGCGAGUUGGAGUCAGUGCAAAAAAUAUUAUCGGGAUUAUAUUCUACAUGGACACAGUUUUCAUCAUGAUGCUGAUGGUUAAUUUAUCUAGAAAGUGGCACUCGGUAGCAAUCCAGUGGCAAUACGUUGAUAGUGUGUUCCUCGACAAUUCCGAGCGGAAAUCAAAACCAUACUUAAAGUCGAAAAUACGAUAUACAGCUUGGAUAUUAAUUGGAUGUGGAUUAUUUGAACACAUCAUCUCCAAAACUGCCGAUUUGUAUGGUCAAUACCUCGAAGCUAAUUACUGCCACUGGGACGUACAUGAUUUGCCUCGAUACUUUGCUUCUAGACGCUAUGCAUUUAUUUUCAAGCACAUCCCUUAUAACAUACUAAUUUUCCUGUUUUUCGAGUACGCAAACACUUCACUCACAAUGGCCUGGACCUGUCAGGAUCUGAUGAUCAUUCUGAUAAGCCAGGGGUUGAUUUUCUACUUUCGAAAAAUCCACGACCAAGUACAACAAUUCAACAGUGGAAUUGUGAUUGCCGACGAGAAAUUCUGGAUCGAGGUGCGCUCCCAGUACGUCCUGUUGUGCGAUCUUGUAAGCGCUGUGAACGAUUCGCUUGCCCCGCUCAUAAUCACCUCCUGUGGAACCAACUUGUAUCUGAUUUGUUUUCAGCUACUGACCGUCACCGAAAGAGCGCCAAACAUUUUUGCGCGCAUCGACCACUGGUACGCGCUAUUCUAUCUGAUUCUAAAAACGGGAAUCGUUUUUUAUAGUGCCGCCAUGAUUAACGAAGCUGCCCGGGCUCCGUUGACUGUCUGCACAAAGGUCCCGAACGUUGGCUGGUGUCUGGAGCUCGACCGGUUUACAAACCAGCUGCGAACUGACCGGGUAGCGUUGUCCGGAAUGGGAUUUUUUCAUAUCACCAAAAGAACCAUGCUUGCGAUGGCAGGAACCGUGAUAACCUACGAGUUGGUGAUGCUCAAAUUUGCCGAGGACACCGAAGGUAUUGGAAAAGUACCUCCCUGUUCGAAAUUAGCAUUUUCGAAAGAUGCUUAA